GCUCUCCCUCGCAGGACUUCUCCCUGAGAGACAGCCCCUGUCUCCUCUUCUUUCUUUUUUACCCUCCUUCUUCUCCUCCUCUCGUCUCCCCCUGCCAGACGUCAGGAGAGGACGCGCCGGGCUCCAGCUCCUCUCGCGCUCUCUCUCUCUCUCUUCUCUGUUUCGUGUGGGGAACUGAAAGAAAGGAGUCCUCUCGCUGCUGUGUUUUUCAUCAACCCCCCCCCCCCCCCGUUCCUCCUGUCAGUUUGGAACUGUCUCACCACCCACCUCCUGUCCGACUGGGACGUACCAUGCCGGUGGUAGGGGUAGCCUCCAAGCUCAGACAACCCUCGGGGGGCUCCAAGCCCGUCCACACCGCUCUCCCCAUCCCUAACCCGGGCAGAGGCACUGCCACGCAGGGCUACAUGUCUAGGACCCAGGAGCUGAGGGGCUCCGAGCCUCCGGCGAUGUCCUCAUGUCAGCUGUCACUCAAGUCCGAGUACCAGGACAGGAGAAGCGUCCAGGCCAGGAGCAAGGAGACAGAGGAGAGUAAGAUCUGCAAGAUCUACACAGACUGGGCGAACCACUACCUGGCCAAGUCUGGGUGCUCCAGGCUCAUCAAGGACCUCACGCAGGACAUUGGUGACGGAGUGCUGCUUGCUGAGAUUAUCCAGAUUAUAGCGAAUGAAAAGGUAGAGGACAUCAAUGGCAGCCCUAGGAGUCAAUCACAGAUGGUGGAGAAUGUGGACGCCUGCCUCAGCUUCCUGGAUGCCAGAGGAGUGAACGUACAAGGGCUCUCAGCAGAAGAGAUCCGGAAUGGGAAUCUGAAGACCAUCCUGGGGCUGUUCUUCAUCCUGUCCAGGUACAAGCAGCAGCAGCAGCAGCACCAGCAGUACUACCAGUCUCUGGUGGAGCUCACCCACCAGACCACCGGGGCGGCGCCAGCGAGCCCCCUCAAAACGCAAGAGAUGCAGUCCAGUCUCACAGCGAGAUAUGCAAGUCCUCCAGGGCACAGUGGUAUAGGAACACCACAGAAGAAGAACACAAGGUUACCAGGGCCGUCCAGGGGGCCUGCUGCAGGCAGCGGGGCCUCCAAGACCCAGGGAUCCUCCAACCUCAACAGAAGGAGCCAGAGCUUCAACAGCAUCGACAAGAGCAAGCCGCUCCAGUAUGCAAGCGGCAACGACAGAGAGUCGGUGAGGAGCAUCCCUGUGCCGGGCAGCAUGAACGGGAGUGGCGCCGUGCCCACCAGCCUCAGCGGACAGCAGCUGGCCUCCGCCAUCCCCUCCGCCAUCCCCUCCCCCACGGCGGGCAAGUCCUGGCGCAGCAAGUCCAUGAACCUCAAGCACAGCGCCACCUCCUCCAUGCUGACCAGCCCGGGGGCCUCGCCCUCGCCCACCCCCCCGCCCUCCGCCUCCGACCGCCUCAGACCGCCCGUGUCCGAGGGGCCCAAGGCGGCGGGGUCCGCCCUGGGAGGCGGCGCCCCCCAGAGGUCCAUGCUGGAGAAAUUUCGUCUGAUCAACCCGCGCUCGGCCUCGCGGACGUCGCCGUCGGUGGCGGAGAUGUCACUCCAGGAAGAGGACGACCUCUCAGAGUACGGGGAGGAGGGGCUGACCCCGACGGGACCCCCCGCCCCGGCGUUCUGUGGCAGUAACCCCGCCCCCAAACAGCCAGCCAAUAAGACCCCUCCCUCCUAUGGAGCGGCCAAUAAAAACUCUGCUAAGGCCCCCUCGUCAUCCAAUAGCAAUAAGUCCCUGUCCCAGCCCAAAGACAAGGAGGAUAAGGGGCGUGGUAGCAAGGGAGGGUCCAAGGCCAGCACCCCGCCCAAGGAAGAGAGGGAAGCGCUGGUCGACCCAGCCAAGAAGACCUCCAAGAUCGCCAGCCUCAUCCCCAAGGGAGGGAAGCCUGUAGCGGGCAAGAAGGACAACGCCUUCCCCUCAGCCUCCAGUGGGAUCCCCAAGCCUGGCCUCAAAGCUCCUUCCACCACAGGGAAGCCCCAGUCCCUUCCCCAGACCCCAGCACAGGCCCAGACCCAGACCCCAGCCCCAACCCAGGCUCAAGCCCAGGCCCAAGCCCAGGCAGCCCCAGGUGGAGGUGGGGUGGUAAGGGAAGGGGAGAAGGCCAAGCUGGCUAAGGGGAGCCAGGCCUACUACAUGCAGCGCUCCAUGGGGGGUCUGGAGGGCCGGAGGACCAGCAUGACGUCAUCCACGAGCACGUCGGCCCUGUGGGGCUCCAGCGCGGGGAUGAUGGUGGGGGGCGGAGGGGGCGGGGCGCUGGCAGGGAACGGAGCGGUCCAGCUUCCCCAGCAGCAGCAGCACCACCCCAACACUGCCACCGUGGCGCCGUUCAUGUACAGGACGUACUCGGAGAACGACUGCACCACCGUGGCCCCCUCCGACACCUGCCUCAGCCCCACCAAGGGAGACCUGGUCUACGGCAAGACAGCCAAGCAAUGCCUGGAGGAGAUCUCAGGGGAGGAUCCGGAGGCCAGACGCAUGCGGACAGUGAAGAACAUCGCUGACCUGCGACAGAACCUGGAAGAGACAAUGUCCAGUCUACGGGGGACGCAGAUCAGCCACAGCACCCUGGAGACAACGUUCGACACCACGGUGACCACCGAGGUCAAUGGGCGUGGCCUCCCCGCCCUCGCCAGCCGCUCCUCACCCAUGGCGUGGCGCCUCGGCCAGUCCUCCAGCCCCCGCCUACAGGCGGGCGACGCCCCCUCGAUGCCCAGUAGCUACGCCGCGCCCCGGGCGACCAACGCUAGCGGCGCCAGCGGGCGCUACGGCCACCCUGAACCCUCCAGGUUUGUCUACAACGCCCCUCUGCGGCGGUCGGCGGCCGGAGCCAGGGGAGCGGAGCCAGGGGAGAAGGGAGGCGGGCCGGAGGGCGGGAUGGAGAUGGAGGUGGCAGGGUACAUGAGCGAUGGAGACCUCCUCGGAAAGAACGUCAGGACGGAUGACAUCACUAGCGGGUACCUCACAGACGGAGGCCUCCAUCUCUACUCCAGGAACGCAGGCCGUGCCUCUGACCUCAUCUCGUCCAGAGAGCUCCCCCAGAGGGGCAUGAAGGAGGUGCAUGGGGAUGCAGACAGUUGGGAUGACAGCAGUUCGGUAAGCAGUGGUCUCAGCGACACUCUUGACAACAUCAGCACGGAUGAUCUGAACACACCUGCUUACUCCGGCAGCACCUCAUCCUCACGCAAGAACAAGAAGGGCUCACACAAGCAAGCAGAGCAUGAGGUCAGCAGCAGCUGGGCCGGUGCAGAAGAUCUGAAGAAGGUGGACGAGGAGCUGGACAUCACCAUGGAUCCUGGCUCCAAGUGGAAGUCUUCCUCCUACACCUCCUCCUCCCCAGCAGGCCAGAGUGAGGACCCAGGCCAGAAGAGUGCUCUGCCCAUGUCCCAGACCGGCUCCUGGAGGAGGGGUAUGACCGCCCAGGUGGGCAUCACGCCACCUCGAACCAAGGGCACCUCUGCCACCCUGAAAACCCCUGGCAAAACUGAUGACGCCAAGGCCUCCGAGAAGGGCAAGGCCCCCUCCAAGAGCUCGGCAGGCAUCCAGCGCUCGCCAUCGGAUGCGGGCAAGAGCAGCGGCGACGAGGGCAAGAAGCCGCCCUCAGGCAUCGCCCGCCCCCCGACCACCGGCUCUUUUGGCUAUAAGAAGAUAUCCGGGCCCUCGGGCACCCUGAUCACCUCCAGCGGCGCCUCCCUCGCCAGCGGCUCCGCCACCCUGGGCAAGGUGCCCAAGUCCUCCGCCAUCGGGAAGGGCGCUGGCAUCGGCGGGGGCCGUAAGACCAGCCUGGACGGCUCCCAGCCCCAGGACGAUGGCGUGCUGUUGGGCUGCGGGGGAUCCAAGGUGCCCCUCCAGUAUCGCUCCCUGCCCCGGCCGGCCAAGUCCUCCAGCGGGGGGGUGGCGGUGGGCGGGCGAGGCGGCGGCGGCGGGCACCGUUCCAGCUCCUCCAGCAUCGACUCCAACGUCAGCGGGAAGUCGGCGGGCGGAGGAGGGGCGGGCGCGGCCGGCGGAGCGAAGCGCAGGGAUGCUGGGAAGGUGGGCUCCGGGCGCUCCAGCCCCAUCACCAUCAACCAGACGGACAAGGAGAAGGUGGGCGUGUCUGAGCAGGACGCCGCCGGUCUGUCCACCUCACCCAAGUCGAGCCCCACCUCGACGGGCCAAUCAGGCCUCAGGCAGCCUGGCAGCAAGUACCCUGACAUCGCCUCGCCCACCUUCCGCAGAUUGUUUGGCACCAAAGCCAGCAGCAAAGCUAGUUCCCCAGGCACGCCCGAUUCAGGGAAGUGCCCCUCGGCUUUGGGCAGUCCUCACGGUACGUUGGCGCGCCAGCCCAGCCUAGACUCCCCCUCCUCGGGCACAGGCAGCCUGGGCAGCGCGGGCGGGCAGAGUGGAGGCAGUAGCCCGCUCUACGGCAAAGUCCCAGACCUGGGCACAGACUCGCCAGCCUCCAGCCCAGCCUCGGGUCUCUCCCUGCCCUCCAACGCCCGCCCCUGGCCUGCCAACCUCAGCAGCUCCUCAGCGGGCAGCAAGGACACCCUGAGUUGCCAGAGCAUGACCAGUCUGCACACCAGCUCCGAGUCCAUAGACCUGCCCCUGGGGCACCACGGCCCCAAAGUCACCCGGACCGGCAGCGUCAAGUCCACGCUCUCCGAGGGCAUGCCUCUUGACAGAAACACACUUCCCAAAAAGGGACUAAGGUACCCUCCUUCCUCCAGGCAGGCAUCCCACGAGGAGGGGAAGGAGUGGCUGCGCUCCCACUCCACAGGGGGGCUCCAGGACACGGGGAGCCAGUCUCCCAUCUCCCCCCCUGGAGCGGCCUGCACCACCGUGGGCAAAUACCACUACUCCAACCUGCUGAGUCCCACCAACAUCAGCCCGUACCCCGGAUCCACCAGUAUGAGCCGCUCCAACAGCAUCCCGGCCCACGACUCGUUUGAGCUGUACGGGGAGGGUCACCCGCUGGGCGGCAGCGCCACCUCCCUGGAGGAGCGCCCGCGCGGCAUGAGCCGCUCCGGAUCCUUCCGGGACAGCACUGACGAAGUGCAUGGUUCCUCUCUGUCCCUGGUGUCAAGCACAUCCUCCCUCUACUCUGCGGUGCUAUUCUAUCUGGACAAGACCGAGGAGAAAGCCCAUUCUGAGGGCCAAACUGUCCAAAACACCACGCAAAUCAGGAAGCUGCGUCGAGAGCUGGAUGCGUCCCAGGAGAAGGUGGCGACCCUCACGUCCCAGCUGUCAGCUAAUGCUCACCUGGUGGCGGCCUUCGAGAAGAGCCUGGGGAACAUGACCUGUCGUCUGCAGAGCCUCACCAUGACAGCAGAGCAGAAGGAGUCAGAGCUGGCAGAGUUGAGAGAGACCAUCGAGGCAUUGAAAGCCCAGAACACAGACGCCCAGACAGCCAUCCAAGUGGCUCUCAACGGCCCCGACCACCUCCACAAAGACCUGCGCAUCAGACGACAGCACUCCUCGGAGAGCAUGUCUAGUAUCAACAGUGCCGCCAGUCACUCCAGCAUGGGCAGCGCCAAGGACGUGGAGGACAAGAAGAAGAAGAAAAAGAGCUGGGUGGCUGAUUCCAUCCCGGCACAGCUGCGGAGCUCAUUCAAGCAGGCGUUCAGCAAGAAGAAGACCAGCAAGUCGCAGUCAUCACACGAUGAGAUGGAGGAGAUGACAGACUCCUCGCUGCCGUCCUCGCCCAAGCUCCAGCACGCCAGCCGACAGGGCAGCGUCCCCACGCUGCGCUCCUCGCCCUCCACCACAGACAAGUGUUUUUGCGAUAGCAAGUCCUCCCCCAUAUGGAUGUCUAAGAAAAGGCAAAACGGUCAUGUGGUCUACAAGCACAGAUCUCGGCUGUGUGAGUGCACGGAGGCCGAGGCAGAGAUAAUCCUGCAGCUGAAGAACGAGCUGAGGGAGAAGGAGCUCAAGCUCACUGACAUCCGCCUGGAGGCCCUCAGCUCCGCCCACCACCUCGACCAGAUACGAGAGGCCAUGAACCGCAUGCAGAACGAGAUCGAGCUGCUGAAGGCGGAGAACGACCGCCUCAAGUCCACGGGGAACACCACGCCGGCCACCGCUCCGGCCAAGGCGGCCCGCCCGCCCUCCGAGACCUCCAGCACGUCCUCGUCCUCCUCGCGCCAGUCCCUGGGGCUGUCCCUGAACAACCUCAACAUCACAGACACCAUCAUGUCAGACAUCCUCCUGGAUGACAGUUAUGAGGGCAAUCUGCGCAAAGAGGGGCGCAGUGUCAGGAUUGUGGUCACCAUCAACAGUGGAUUUUAUAAGACCAAGGGUACACACAGCCAAGCGUAUCUCAUUGGUUCCAUCGGGGUCAGUGGGAAAACCAAGUGGGACGUUCUGGACGGUGUCAUCAGACGUCUAUUCAAGGAGUAUGUGUUCCGGGUGGACCCGAUGACCAGCCUGGGGUUGAACUCGGACAGUAUCGUGUGCUACAGGAUGGGAGACGUGGUGAGGGCCCAUGCCUCUGAAGUGCCUGAGCUGCUGCCCUGUGGCUACCUAGUGGGGGAAAACAACCUCAUCACUGUCAACCUCAAAGGUGUAAAGGAGAACAGCAUAGACAGCCUGGUGUUUGACACCCUCAUCCCCAAGCCCAUCAUUCAGAGGUACCUCAACCUGCUCAUGGAGCACCGGCGCAUCAUCCUCUCUGGGCCCAGUGGCACGGGCAAGUCCUUCCUGGCCAGCAAGCUGGCAGAGUACAUCGUCACCAAGUCUGGCCGCGAGGUCACCGAGCGCAACGUGGCCAGCUUCAACGUGGACCAGAAGUCCAGCAAGGACCUGCGCCAGUACCUGUCCAGCCUGGCGGAGCAGUGUAACACUGAGGAGACUGAGACAGAGCUGCCCACUGUGGUGAUCCUGGACAACCUGCAUCACAUCGGCUCCCUCAGCGACAUCUUCAACGGCUUCCUCAACUGCAAGUACCACAAAUGCCCAUAUGUGAUCGGGACGAUGAACCAGGGGGUGUCCUCUUCUCCCAAUCUGGAGCUUCACCACAACUUCAGGUGGGUGCUCUGUGCCAACCACACUGAGCCUGUGAAGGGCUUCCUGGGCCGUUUCCUGCGGAGGAAGCUGAUCGAGACAGAGAUUGACAGGAACACUCGCAGCAACGACCUCAUCAAGAUCAUCGACUGGAUCCCCAAGACCUGGCAGCACCUCAACACCUUCCUGGAGGCCCACAGCUCCUCCGACGUCACCAUCGGUCCCAGGCUCUUCCUGUCCUGUCCCAUGGAUGCCGAGGGCUCGCGGGUGUGGUUCACCGACCUGUGGAACUACUCCCUAGUUCCCUACUUGCUGGAAGCCGUGCGGGAGGGGCUUCAGCUGUACGGUAAAAGGGCGGCGUGGGAGGACCCCUCCAAGUGGGUGAACGACACCUACCCCUGGAGUUCUGCCUGUCUGCAGCAGGACGGCCAAUCCCUGCUGCAGCUGCGUCCGGAGGAUGUGGGCUACGACGGCUCCAGCUCGUCCAAGGAGGGAGGCUCCUCCAAGCAGGUGUCACAGAGCGACACCGAGGGGGACCCUCUGAUGAACAUGCUGAUGAGGCUACAGGAAGCAGCUAACUACUCCAGCGCCCAGAGCUGUGACAGCGACAGCACCAGUCACCAUGACGACCACCUGGACUCCUCGCUGGAGUCGGCGCUCUAGACGCCGGGCACUCUGGGAGAGGAGUGUGGUCGAAAGGAUGGAGCACUUCCUAAUCUGGCACCCCAGCCAGAUCCAGACACCCCCUAACAGGCACAGAGUCAUGCGCGUUUGUGUAGAGCGGAGAUGUCGAAUCCAAGGGAUAGUCCUAUUGGACUUGAUUCAAAUGAAGCUGGUUUCAUUUGUGCUUGGUGUUUGUACACAGUCCGGUCCAUCCCUCAGCUGGAGAAAAGCACCCUCAAAAUGGUGGCUUCACAGUUUAGAGUGAUGAGGAGAAUAGAGUCUAGUUUUCACAAUAAAACUGGAAUUUUUCUUUUGUAUUAUUUCGUUUUAAUACAAUUGAAUUAUCUGCAGAUGUUUACAGGGGAACAAAUCGUCUUUUUGUUAUCUGAGGUGCUUAACAGAUAUAAAAAGACAGGCAUGCACCCUUUUGCCCAACCCUGACCUCAGUUUGAGCCAUGCGGUGCUGGUCGUGUGCCUAAACUUGUCCUGGGUUUACCAGCACUGCCAAGACCCCUACCACCUCGCUCGUCAACAAGCACAAAAAGCGCAUUGUGUGUGGCCAGGCCAAACUGCUACUGUGAAACCUAUGGACAAGUGCCAAUAUUCCUGUUUGAUUUACUGCCAGAAUGCACACACUUGACAUCCGUUAACACACAAGCAACUUAUUGCCAAUGGAGGCUCUAGGCUUUGUUUUAACCCCAUUUCAGCUUAUCACACUGGCUGAUCUGUCAUUCACUCCUUCAAGCCCUUCUAACAACAUAUGGCUACUUACACUGAGGACUAGCUAGUCCAGUCCAAGGACCACAUGGAGAAGGGAACAAGCCUGGUGCUUUCUCACUGCCUUAAAUGUGAAAAGCUCUGUGAGAGGGUGGGUGUGUUACUACUCUAGCCUUGGCUCCCAUCUGCCAUCCUGAGAGGAUAUGAUGUUGCUCAGUGACAAGACAUCCAGUUCCUGCUACGCAACAGCUUGAACAAAGUGUCCCCUGUCUUCUAAGUAGGUGCUUACUCUUGUGUGAAAUAGGACCUUUUUCUGGAGACUACCUGAUAUACAACCUUCUGCAAUUCGUGGUGAAGUCCAUGUUUUCCCGGAACAAUCUUUUUUGUUUGUUUCUGACAGUGCUAAUUUACAAGCGUAUGGGUGUAAACAGUAUGCUGUGUUCAAAAGUAAGAUUGACCAAUUGUAAACUAAACAAAAAAGGUCAAAAGGGGGUGGGUGUUUUUUAGUUGUUAUUGCUUUGACCCAGUUGAGCUGGGUUCACUUGAACUGAAAUGAGCACAACCUAACCCUUUUGGUUUUGUAGCCUGAGGAGCAUGUUUUAAGCUUUCUAAGGGGGUAAUUUGAAAGGAGACUUUUACUUUUAUGUAAAUGUGAGUUGGGAAGGAAGCCAUUUUGGAUUUUAAUUGUCCUUCCUUUGUUAAUGAGUGGGUUGGUUUGCACAGUUAUUGAGAGAUGGGGAGGGUUGUAAAUAUAUACAAGUCUUGCACAGUGAAUCAAAGAUGCAUUCUGCCCUGUCAAUGUAACAUUAUGCUUAAACUCGCUGAGAAUUAUUGUACUUUGCAAAUCUGAGAAAAAAAAGACAAAAGAGAAAUGCAAAAAACCAACACACUGUCAGAAACAGGUGUAUGUCUUGUGAUGAUUGGUUGUUAUUGCCUAUGCAGAAGGCAUCAAUGUACAGUAUGAGACUUUUUUUUUUUUAUCAGUAUAAAAUGUUCACUAAAUCACUGAUCAUUGGGAGCAACAUUUUUUCAGUCAUGACAAAUUUGUCAU